AUGUUGACUGAAAUCGACCAACUCGAGGCCCACGUGAUCGUCAAUGACGAACUGGACCCUAUUUCCCCAAGCCAGAACCCGGCUGUGCAAGUUUCUAGCCGGUUCAUGGGCAUCCCGCUCUCUCCGCUGCCACCGGGCACUGAGCGAGGUGACGCGCAAAUGGAAAUGCGCAUGGACAACAUCUGUUGUGCGGCGCAUGGGAUCUCUUUGCUUCUGGUGGCAUCAUUUCUCUUUGACGCCGGGCCGGAGGGCGAAGUCUGGGAGAAGAAUUCCGGUCGCCUUCGCACCGAGGUGGGCCGCAUCGAGCACGUGGUCUUGUCGCACUACCAUCGCGAUCAUUCGGGUGGCUUGACCAAGGCCAUCGAGCUCAUCAGAAAGCAUGACCAGGGAGGCAGGAAUGUCGUGGUGGACGUGCAUCCGGAUCGUCCAGCCUAUCGCGGCAUCCCGCGCGAGACCAGCUACGAAGAUGGUAUCUACGGCGGACGGCGGUUUGAUGAAACCGCCAAGAAGUGGCAGGAGGAUACGUUGAUCAUGGAAGAGCGUUAUGUCAUGUGCAAUCUCAAAGGCAAGGGGCUUGUGGUCUUCACCGGUUGUGGGCACGCUGGCAUUGUUAAUACCUGUCGCGACGCAGUCAAGCUCGGCAACGACACCCCAUUGUACUGCGUGGUGGGCGGAUACCAUCUGGCCGAUGCAGAUGAUGCCAAGUUGAAUGCAACCAUGAAUGAUUUGAAGAAGCUAGAGCCAAAGGUGCUCCUGGCGGGUCAUUGCACAGGCUGGCGGUUCAAGUGUCUCAUUGCGCGUGAACUUCCCAGCUGUCUGGUGCCGUGUUUCUCUGGUAGUAAGUAUACUUUGUAG